UGUUUUUGUCUUUACUGGGGCCACUGCAUCUAAGGAAGACUGAAGUCUGGUAUUAAAAUCAUCAACCAUAAAAUCACAGGAUGCAGAUGAAGUUUGAGCAGGAGUUUGGUUAAAAUUAUUAAUAAAAUUUGCAGCCACUUCAGGAGUUAUACAGCGUUUCCUCACAGUUCUCACAAGUUAGCAGAUAUUCAUUUGGGUUUUAGUAGAAAUGUACUUUUAAAACUAACGUGUUCUAAAGAGAAAAUGACUCUUCUAUUGAAUGUUCUGGAAAACUACAAACAUGGAAACUUUUAUUCAUGACAUUUUUGGAGUCUUUGGGUUUCUUACAUGAUUGUAUGAAAUCGUUUCACAUUUCUCACAUGAUCAGUUUAAAAUCAUGUCAAUAAAUCAUCCCUAAAACACAGAACAUGCAGUCAGUUAAACCAGUUAGGAUAGAACGUGUGGGCUGAGUGUUCUUUCUGUCGUCUCGUCUUUUUGUGGCUCAUGGCGUCUUUGGCGUCUUCAGAGGCAUGAAGGUGAUCGAGAACCGAGCCAUGAAAGACGAGGAGAAGAUGGAGGUUCAGGAAAUGCAGCUGAAAGAAGCCAAACACAUCGCUGAGGAGGCUGACCGUAAAUAUGAGGAGGUUGCUCGUAAGCUGGUGAUCCUGGAGAGUGAUCUGGAAAGGGCAGAAGAGCGGGCAGAACUAGCUGAAAUGAAGUGCAGUGAACUGGAGGACGAGCUGAAGAACGUGACCAACAACCUGAAGUCUCUGGAGGCUCA